UUGACCUAACAUUUGCUUUUCGCACAUGUCUAACAAAAUGGAGACUGUCUUGUUGGGCGGAAGAAAACUGUCCGAUUUACGAGUUGUAGAUCUCCGUCAAGAGCUCGAAAAUAGAGGCUUGGAGAAAAGUGGAGUAAAGGCAGUGUUGGUGGAACGACUACAGAAGGCCUUGGAGGAAGAAAAGAACUAUGAAGAGGAAAACUAUGAAGAGGAAACCUCCGAUUUUAUCCCAAUUGAUAGCGUGGGUCUCACCGGUGAAGACGAUGAAGACGAAGAACAGCCCUCAACGAGUCCGUUUACUUCCCCUCUGAGGCAGAGACAGCCGAAGAAAACUUCGAUCACCCCAGACUUGAAGAGGAAAGCUGCACCGAAAGUGGAAGAAGUUGAAGAGUCGGUCGAGGACAAAGGUGUUAUUGAAUUGGAUGUUGAUUUAAAAGGGGACGAAGAAAUGAAAGAGGAACCUUUGGAUGCUGAUGAUUUAGACAGCAAUAAGCUUGACAACAUAAUUGACACCUCACUGACGGUGAAAUCUGAAGUUGGUGAUGAUGAAAAUGAUGUUGAUGAUGAUAAUGAUGCUGCUGCUGCUGAUGAGAAAAAGGACAGUGGAAAGGAUGUUGAAGAAGAUGAUGGAAACUUGUUAUUGAAUGAGGGAGAUAUUAAAGUGGAAGAUCUGGAGGAGCAAAAUGACUUGGAAGACACCAAAGAGGUUGAUGACCAACCUCUGAUUGAAGAAGAAAAAAUAGAGGAAGCAGAGGAAGACACCCCCAAAAUGGAAGUUACAGAAGAAUCAGCUGAUGUUGAAGAGCAAAUGGAGACAUCAGGACCAGCUGAAAUAAGCGUAGAAGACACAGGUGAACAAAUGAAAGAUGAUAGUGCUGCAGCCAUGGACAUGUCAGAGCUGGAUGCCUCCAAAGAGAACAGCUUGUCAGUUUCGUUAUUUGUCCAUGCUGAUGAUGUACAAGAUGAUCUGGAUGAUGAUUUGAAAGAAGCAGCUGCUGCAGAGGCUGCAGCAAAAGAGGCUGCUGCUGCUGAAGCUGCUGCUAAGAGUCAAGAAAAGGGAGAAGAAAAAUCUGACAAAGGAAAAACCAAGGAUGCUGAAAAUCAUGUUGGGAAAGAAGACACCAAGGCAGCAGAUAAAGCAAAAGAAGAGAAGUCUAAAGAUGGAGGAAGUUCUUCUUCACAGAGUGAGAAAGGGAAAACAGGUGAAGCUAAGAGUAAAGACUCAAAAGCUGCUGACAGCAAGACAACCAAAACACCAGGAAAGGGUGCUUCCUCUGCAAAGGACAAAAAGGAAACUGGAAAGAGUCUGUGGGUUAGCAAUCUGUCAUCUGUAACACGAGCUGCAGAUCUGAAAACAAGGUUCAGUCAAUAUGGAAAGGUGGUUGGUGCAAAGAUAGUAACAAACUCUAAGGCCCCUGGUGCCCAGUGCUUUGGACUUGUUACCAUGUCAACCAGUGAGGAGGCAGCCAAGUGUAUUUCACACCUUCAUCGAACAGAACUGCAUGGAAGAACUAUCACAGUCGAUAGGGCUAAAGGCGAUCGCAUUCCUACAACUCAAUCUGGCUCUGCCAAGAAGCCAGCAGAUAAGAAACAACUCGAUAAGAAACAAGUUGAUAAGAAACAAGCUGAUAGAAAGCCAGCUGUCAAAAAGCCUGCAGAAAAGAAGCCAGCAGAGAAGAAACCAACAGAAAAGAAACAAGUGGAGAAGAAGGACAAGCCAGCUGACUCCUCGGAUAAAUCCAAAGCUAAAACUGAUGACAAGAAGGCGCCGGCAAAGAAACCUGCGGAAAAGACUCCGGGGAAAUCAACAGCCACUAAAACACCAGCUAAGUCAUCUACUAAGAAUACUCCAAAACAACAGAAGUCAGGAAGUACUUCUUCAACUGGCAAAAAAGACGAAGGUUCUAAACCGGUCGUGUCGAAUAAAUCCUCUGACAAGGAAAAAGAAAAGGAGAAAGACAAAGACCAGGAGAAGGACAAAGACAAAGAUAAGGACAAAGACAAGCCGGAAAAAAGCACUGAGAAAGAUAAAAGUAAAGAAAAGGACGAUAAAAAGCCUAGCAAAAGCCCAAUCAAGUCAAUUGACGAGAUUCGACGCGACAGGCAGGAGCGACAGAGGCUGGAGAGAGCUAAAGAGAUCCGUGAGCAGCGUGAACGAGAGCGACAAGAUCGACUUCGACGAGAGCGUGAAAGGCUUGAACGAGAGAAAAUGGCCGAACGGCAACGUGAACGUGAACGAGAAAGAGAACGUGAAAGGAGAAGGCUUCAGGUUAUACGAGAACGAGAGAUUCGCGAAAGACAAGAACGUGAACGAAUACGCCUGCAGCGUGAAAUCGAACGGCAAAGAGAACUGGAACGCCAAAGGGAACGUGAGCGCCGUGAACGCGAGGAACGUGAACGCCUGGAACGGGAAAGGCGUGAGAGACUUGAACGCGAAAGACUUGAGCGUGAACGAAUUGAACGUGACCGCUUACAACGCAUUGAACGCGAACGAUUGGAACGUUUGGAACGUGAACGCCUUGAGCGUGAGCGUUUGGAUCGUCAACGUUUAGAACGUGAACGAUUGGAACGUGAUCGUCGCAAUUUGAAGCGCCACGGUGCGCCCUUUGAACGUGGAGAUCCAGCACAUGCUCAGAAACCAGUUGGUUUUUGGGAAGAACCAAAACGUGCUGCUUUGAGUGAUGAAAGACCGCGUGACUUCUUCAGCGGUUCAGUGGGUGAGCGUGACAGCAGACGUGACCGUCCUGAAGUCUCCUCAGACAGGCGUGACUCUCGAGGAGGCCACCGUGAAGACGGUCGCCAACCAGCUGGUGCUGGCCGAGAACGUAGAACCGAGGAGUGGAGUCGAGCAGACGAAAGGCGUCUUAAGAAAGACGAGAGAGAGCGACGCAAUGAGGAAGGACACCGCGGGCGGGACAAACCUCACGAGCAUUCCAGAGGAGCACGGGAUCGUGACUUGCGUGAUAGCCGAGGCAACCACGAGAGCAAGGCCUGGACAACCGGAGGUGACUUGUCUGGGGCCGGUGUUGGGGUUCUUGGAGCUGGAAUAAAUCCACAGAAGACCUUGUCCAUCCUAUUGGAGCGUGCUGGCGUCAGGGGUAUCCUGGGCUCUGGUGCGCCAGCCCAAGGACAUAACGUGCGAGGUGAUUUAAGUAAAUCUAUGGAAGAACCCAACUGGCGUGCCCCCGACCCCCGGGAUAGCAGACCACCUAUCCCUCAAACUGAGAGAGGAGCGAACUUUUCGCAGGGGUCCUCGGGACUCGCAGAUAUCAGAAAUGUCCAUGUUGAUGCACGCUUCGGUUCGCUGUCCAUGGACACAGGUCAUCGCUCUGCUGGCAUGACUGGAGGAGUGGAAUCUAGCAAGCCACCUGCGCGUGACUGGAGAGACACACAUGGUAGUAGCCUGACUUCUAGAGACCGUGAUGCACUAGCUGCUAGGGAAAGAGAGCGUCCACGAGAUCGUGGUGCGGAGGUCAAGCAGAGCAUUCCUCGUCCAGGAAGUAUGUAUGAUGCUCGGGAUACUCGUACGCCGAUCAGUCGCGACUCCAUACCGCCUAGAGGUGCGUGGGGAAAUGGAAUGGACUCGCGCCAAGUUGCCAACCCUUCUCUUAGCUUGUCAACUGCAGGCCGCGCCGCUGUUGACGACAGAUCACGUGCUGCAGUCACUGCCCGUGACAGUGCGCCAACUCCUUGGAACCAGCCCGGAGGUUCCCUAGCGGCUCCUGUUGCCCGAGGUGCCUAUACUGGAAGUGCAGUUCCCGGUGUUGAGAGGCGCCACCCUGCCUCAACCGAUGUUAGAUAUGAGCCUUACAAGGCCGCUCCUCGUGUGGGCAUGAUGCGGCGAUACUGAAACAUUAGUAACUGUUGACGUUUCUUUCAUUUGUUGGACAACGUUAGGUUAACUUCAAAUUUUAGUAGUGAAUUAGUCCUCUAUGAUUCUUAUACUAAUGCAAAUUUUUUAAACCAAGUUUGAAACUUGCUAACUUGGUGAAACAUUUUGGUUUUUAAGGGUCUAUGAAAUUCCCACUUGUAGGUUAGAAUUAACACUUGUUGAUUUUGAUUUAGCUGUCGCGUAUUCCGAAGUAAUCAUCCAAUACGAAGUUUUAAACAACAAUUGCUCCUUUAUGGUAGAUGAUCGCUUGUUGUUGUACGUACAAUUAAAGUUCAACAUCGUGGUUUAGAAAUCUCGACAGGUUGUCGUCGUGUCCUUUCUUCUUACCUUUGAAUGAAGCUGUUGAUCUUGUGGCUUCCAAGAUCUUUUAGUUCGAAUAAAUGGCAUGGAUUAAAAGUUGUUGGAGUCUCGUUAUGCGUGAAAAUUGUAUUGGACUACGCCCAAGAUCGUGAAAGUAAGGACGAGGCAAUCCGAAGAGGUGAAUCGUAACCAUGGAUGAAUGAAGCUUGCGAAGCAUUCUUUAACGUCUCAAAUGCAAAAAUUGUUUCUGCGCCAAAUACCGUGGAUGACAUAGUGAAAGGAAAUGAUGUUAUCGAAUGUAAGGUAGAGAGGAAAAGUCGUUUAUUCUUGCCGAUUAUACCAACCUUAUCUGCGUGCUGCAGUAAGACAAUGAAGGAACCACAAACAUGCUUAAAUAGUUUUGGACGUAGAAGUUUAUAAGGCAAACCCUCACAAAAUUGUGUUGGUUUGUUAUCUCUUUCGCUUAUUAAUGUACUGCCUAGUUGCAGUGGUGCAGCAAACAAAUUAUAUCGCACGGGUCUCCAGGUUGUUUAUCCUAUUGUAUCUAAGUAGAUACACUUUACCCCGCUGCCGCUUCACCCCUCCCCCCUCCCUUCAGUGCCCCCCUCAUCUCUUUUCGCGUCAAAGCUGUAUUGCGUGGUCACGUGUCGAUGCUUGAUCACGCGAUGGUCAUAUGCGUUGUUCAGCUUGUGUUUGUUUCACCACUGGAAACUGAGUGCUUUGUAUCUUGGUUUGGUAAGUUGAUGCGGGUAACUUGUUUUGUUAACAAUUGUGUCCCAGUACAGGCAGCACGGCUGUGGGAAGAUAUAAGGUAUGUAUGGAUUUUUCGUUUUCCUUGAGGCAUCGAUUGACGUCUUGUGGAGAGUCCCUUGUCAUCAUUUUUGUACUUUGCUAUUUGCUAUUUAUAAUAAAAUUCAGUUUUGGCCAUGA